UGAUUAGCUAAUUCUACUCCUAACCAAUCACAGUAGCAUGAAGAGCAAUGGCAACAUGAACAACGCUGAGAUAAUCGGUUCUACAAAUCUUAUCAUUCUGCUGGAGGAUGAAAUCUUCGCUGAUUUUUUCAACACAUUUCUGUCACUCCCGGUCUUCGGUCAGACACCAAUUUACACUGUUGAAAAUUCACAAUGGAGCUUAUGGCCAGAAAUACCUUAUAACUUGAUUUCGAAAUAUAAAGGAUUAUUGACUUGGUUGGAAAAAUACCGGUUACCUUUUUUUUGUAAAACAAACUUGUGUUUCCAUUACAUUCUCUGUCAGGAGCUCAUCAGUUUCAUUAGGUCCCCAGAAGGAGCCAAAAUGAUGAGAUGGAAAAAGGCAGACCAGUGGCUACUCGAGAAAUGCAUUGGUGGGGUCAGAGGAAUGUGGCGCUUCUGUUCCUACCUCAACAGCAGUGCAGGUGAAGAGUUGCUGGAUUUCUGGAUCCUUACUGAGAAGAUCCUGAGCAUAGAUGAGAUGAACCUGGAAGUGAGAGACUACUACCUGUCUCUGUUGCUCAUGCUGAAGGCCACCCACCUACAGGAGGGCUCCAGGGUCGUCACUCUCUGCAACAUGAACAUCAAGUCCCUCCUGAACCUCUCCAUCUGGCAUCCCAACCAGUCAACCACCAGGAGGGAGCUCCUGAGCCACAUGCAGAAAGUGGCCCUAUUUAAACUCCAGAGCUAUUGGCUCCCUAACUUUUACACCCACGCCAAGGUGGCCAUGGCCAAAGAGGAAGCAUGCCAAGGUCUGAUGCAGGAAUACGAGACCCGCCAGUACAGUAUUUGCUGCACACAUGUGGGAGGACUCCCUCUAAACAUGAGCAUCAAGAAGGGCUGCCACUCACAGAAGCAGUACUCGAGCAAGAAGGCCAAGAGAAAAAUGUGGCAACUGGUAGAUCCUGGCUUUUGGUCCUUGGAAAUGGACUCCAAGUCAGAUACUAUGACUGUUGCCCCUCAGGAGAUGUGUUCUCCGGAAAAUGUGGUUGUCCAAAUGUCUUCCCUGAACGCAGAUUCUUCAAAGGAGGGGAUAACUAGUUCCGUUGAAAAGGAUACUCAGUGCGCUGGGAAGUCUAGCAUGAAGAAAGUCAACAGCCAGCUCUACAUGGAGGGCCUCUUCAAGACAAAUUUCUCUUCCCAGCUGAGGGCUACCACCCCCAUCAUCAAUCAUUCCUCCCAGGUAACAGUCAAGAAGGUCAUCAAGCAAAGUUUCUCCCUGGGGUACACCUACUGGGCCUUGUGUGCUGAUGUCUGUGCUGGAAGUCCUUUCCGAAAACACCUUAAAAAGCUAAAUUUGAAAGUGGAGACCCAACUUUUGGAACUCUGGCAGGAUCUGCAUCAUUUCCUCAGUGUCCUGAUGAGUAAUAGGAAGAAUGGGAAUGCUGUCUUUCGUCACAUGCUGGGUGAAAGAAUCUGUGAGCUCUACCUGAAUGAGCAGAUUGGUCCAUCCUUACCGCUCAAAUCCCAAACCAUUCAGGGGCUGAAGGAACAGCUGCCUUCUGGAGAUGUGAACCCUUGGAUUCCCAAAGCCCAGAAGGAGAUCUGCAAGGUGCUCAGACCUUGGUAUGAUGGAUUCCUGGAUGAAGAGGACUACUGGUUUCUCGUUUUUACAACUCAGACCAGAUUCAUCCGUGGCAAGAGGCAUAAAACAGAAACUCUGAGCAAAGAAGACAACUUCCUUCUUUAUAAGAGGAUUCAGGAAUCCCUGAAGUUAAGCCAAGCUUUAGCUAACAUGGAAGAAAUGGAUUCUAUGCAAUGGCAAAAAAUAGCUACUGAGGACCUGAGACAAGGUGGGUCUCUCCAGAUAGAGCUGAAGUCUCCAGUGUUUUUGGCAGACGUAAACAAAAUGACCUUUGAUGAACUCUGCUGUAAAAAUCCAAAGAUGGCCAUAGAGAGGAUCAGUGAUGACUACAAAAUAUAUUGUGAAAAAGCACCUCACACAGAUAUUCCAGUGGAAAUUAUCAGGGAACCAAGGGCAGUUGCACCUUCAUACAGGAAAGCAUCCUUAUACAGAAGAUUUGUUACAAGAAAGCCUUCUAUGAGACCCAGAAAUUUGACAGAAGUCCUCCUAAAUACACAUCACUUGGAAUUCUUCAGGGAGUUUCUCCGAGAACGGAAGUCUGAAAGCCCAUUGCAAUUCCUGGUAGCCAUUCAGAAGAUUUCUAUGGAAACUAAUGAAGAUGUUUACAAGUCUCUCAUAGAAAAUGUAAUCAAGACUUUCUUCCAUGGCAAGCUGCCUCCUGAAGAAAUACUGCAAUGUGAUGCUCCUAUUAUCAGUGAAAUCACUCAAAUGCAUCAAGUCAGCACAACCUCAUUGUUAAUGCUUCAGAGCCAUGUUAUGAAAUCUCUCGAAGAAAAGUGGUUUAAAGCUUACCAAGAGUUAUUCCCGCGUCGUCCUCAGGAGGUAGAAACUGACGUACAGGUUUCACCUAGAAAACCCUCAAAGACAGUAACAACUCACCUACCUGAGUUCCAGAAGAGAAGCUGGAUGAAAAUGAUCAAUUUUAUCAAGAGCUUUUGCAAGUAUCGCAGAUAUAUGGCGGAUCCUAAAAAGCGUCAGGAAUUUACAGAGUAUCUUCAGCUGGAAAUGCACAAUAACAAAGAAAAUUUCUCCUCAUCACCCAACGUAUCAGGACGUCCAACCUUACCAUCCACAAACGUCCGGAGUGCCGAACAAGAAAAUGGAGAUGUAACCCUUAUGAAGCGCCGUAUACUUGGCCAUAGAAUCAUCACAGUCAACUUUGUGAUCAAUGAUUUAUAUUUCUUUUCUGAAAUGGAAAAAUUUAACGAUUUGGUGAGUUCAGCUCACAUGCUGCAGGCCAAUCGGGCAUACAAUGAGAAUGAUGUGAUCCUCAUGAGGGCCAAACUUAACGUUAUCCUAAAGCUCUUCCUGAAUUCCGACAUCCCUCCAAAGCUGAGGGUGAAUAUCCCUGAGUCCCAGAAGGAAGCCAUCAUUGGUAUGAUUAUGGAAGGCCAUCUGGAUCGCGGCAUCUUCCACACGGCUGUCAUGUCUCUCUUCCCUGUCAUUAUGUACUUCUGGAAAAGGUUUUGUGCUUGGAAGGCAAUCCGCUAUUACUUACAGUACAGGGGGAAGAAGUUCAAGGAAAGAAAAAGUCCUCCUAAAAUUCCAUACAAGUACCCUCCUUGGAGUGGAGGAGACCACGCCGUCCUAAGGUUCACCUUGCUCAGAGGUAUUGAGUGGCUGCGGCCCCAACAGCGGGAAAUAAUAACAAGUCCAGCCGAAAAUUCCUCAUCUGACAACCUUCUCCAGCCAAAAUUUGAGCCUUCUGCCAUGCAGGUGUAUCCUGUCCAUGGAAAAAAAAUAUCCAACACCAAAAAGGAGAUGAAAUAACCAAGUCAGGAUCCCAAAAGAAGCAAAUCCUCCCUCAGAAGCCUUCUAACACUGACAAAAACUCUUCUGGACAGAAAUGAAAUGCCUUGACACCAUCUGUCGCUAGAAAGAUCAAGAAGGGGAAUGAGAUGACAGCCCAGAUAUGGUUGGACCAGACUGCAGUAGCAGGUGUCUGGACUGAACACUGCCAACUUACGUGAUACAGUGGUGCUCCAGUACCCCCAGCUCUAAUAAAUACAAACGAGAGAAUCACACUUAGAUGCUUCUUGGUCUGACUCAAGAUCUACCAGAGUGUGUUUGUGGUGGAGGACUCCAGUCCAGGAGCAGAGAAGAAUUCAUCUGCCAGGCCAGAGACAAAGUAGACUUUGUAAUGAGAUAAUGCAGACACCCAAGGUCAUACUGACCUCUAUAUGACAUCACCAUUGAAAUAUAUACUAGGAA